UGUCCUAGACACAGACACACAAUUGCAGCGACGAAGCCCCCCUUCUACCACCCACCACACCACUCGAAACUACCGCCAAAAUGUCUGACGAUGAGGAGCGCGUAACCAUGCCAUUCAAGUUCGUGACUGCAGGCUUCGAUGCCCGCUUUCCGAACCAGAACCAGACCAAGCACUGCUGGCAAAACUAUGUCGACUACAACAAGUGCAUUCUCGCAAAGGGCGAGGACUUCAAGCCUUGCCGCCAGUUCUACUUGGCCUACCGAUCGCUUUGCCCAGCAUCUUGGACUGAGAGGUGGGAUGAUCAGCGAGAGAACGGAACGUUCCCGACGAGAUUGGACCAAUAGAUGCGGAAAUGAGUUGAAUACGGACAAGAAGGCACUGCUCACGGGGUUGAUACAUGGCGUUUCGUGCUUAAGCGCAGGCAAGAUUCAUGUACAUAUAUCAAGCCGCUAUGGAACGGAGAAGAAUGUCUUGUAUGAACACUCGACUGUGUCCUAUGUUCGGACAUGCGGCAGUCUUCUACCUUGUGUGUGCAGUAUCAAGUCGUACUUGUCAUUGGGG